AUGACGGUGUCUUCAGACCCCAACGAUGGCGAUAGCUCGAGCAGAGCUUUGGGGGUAUCCGGCGCUGGAAAUUACAGCAUCUAUGCCAGCUCAUCAGGUCAACGUCCAGGAGACAACAUCCAGAUCCUGGCAGCAGGAACAAACCUGGAUAAGUUUGUAGCUGGCUUGAACCCCAGCAAAGUCAUCAUCUUAUCCGAAGCCCCAAACCCAACUGCCAGUUUCGACGGUUCUGACGAGACCAUAAAAUGGUUCCAGAACAUUGAUCCGAGCGCCAGUGGCUCCGUCACCGUCGAUGGUUUAAAGAACAUUGAAAGCUUUCAAUUCUCCCUCUCCCAGCCCUGGCCCCUUGAGUUUAGCUCUGCCAGCGAUGUUCUACUCUUUACAUUCGGCUCAACCGGCCUUCUCGGCAGUGAUGAGACUGGAUCGCGCAUUGAAGCGCCUGGUAUUGACCCGACCGGCAACAUGCUGAUUUGCGGUCUUGACUUUGCCAACAUGAAAGACAUCACCGGUAUCAGAGUCAAAGACGUCUUCACGAAUGCCAACCAAGAAGGCAUGACGGAGUUCAUCCCUCUUGCAGUCCUCGCCCUCGAGGUGACGCUGAGCAAACCACCAGAGAAUGCAAAGCCCAUGAGGAACGCCCUAUGGUUUGUUCCGUCGGCGGAGAAGCGGCUUGAGACUCGUCUCCAGUUCCAGCUCUCAGACUUCGAUGCAUUGCAGGAGCUUUUCUCAAUUGCCCUUAAAGGUCUCGUUAUUGAUAGCGCAGAUGUCGUGUACAAAAACAAAAUGCAAUUGGGCGUUACGGAAAAUGGCGAGAUGCCUCUCUUCGCUGGUCAAGUGACCUUUAGCAUCGAAUGCUCCCUGAACAGUGCUGGGAGUACAGUCUCUAUGCUCGCUGGCGUUGAGUUUACCGCUACCACGAUUGACUUUACCUUCAUGUUCCUAUCCGCAGACCCUCUUCCUGGAAUACUCCAAUGGCUAGCUAGCCUCACCAACGAUGAGGAAGUUGAGACGGUUGUCAAUGAGAUUCUUGGUAAGACCAAGGAAGAAGAGGUUCUGGAUGCUGUGAACCUGCGAAGAUUGCGCAUUGGGCUUGAUACAAGAAAGGAUCCACAGAAUCCUAGACUCGGUUCAUUUUCUUUUGACAUUGAAGUUACUGCCAACUUUGGUCGUGGAGAGAGCAAUGACACUCCUGUUUUCCUGAUCACGUAUAACUGGAAUCGUUCUAUCGGUACCUAUGGUACUCUGUCCGGACAGCUGUGGAACAACUUUGACGCAUCUGAUGACCUCGACUUGGAACCAGAGGGUGAGAAGUGGGCUAUCUUGAAGCCACUGACUGCUUCACCUGCGUCUUCCAUUGAUAUCGCCACCUUGGUUCCAGGCCAGACAGUGGUCGAUAUCCCCGACACACUACCCUCUCAGAUAACCCUUGCAUCCAUUGAGUUAUCCCAAGAAUCAUUCUCCCUUCGUUGCCAAGCCACUGCAAACCCUCCAACUCCAGGCUCAGCUCCCCAGCCCUAUCUCGGCGAGGUUGUUCUCGCCAUCUACUUCAAUUGGGGUAGCAGCUCAGUCUUCACCUUUGACGUCGGGAUAUCCGUCCUGAUUGAUCCACCAGAGGGUUCUGAGUUUGAUCUCCCCGCUGCAUUUGUUGGAACUCUCGGCUAUGACUCCUCUAAGAAGUCUUGGGAGCUUACGGCCGCUAUCAAUGGCUUGUAUGCAGCAGCUCUAACCGAGUUCUUCCACGAUGAUGAGAAGGACCAUGUUGGGCCGCUGAUCAAUUCCAUUGCCAUCAACACUUUGUCUGUCCAUUAUACGUACGAAAAGCAGAGUGUUGGAAAUAAUACCAAGUCGGUGGGAAGCACGUUCACCAUCUCUGGUGACUUGGUCAUUGCGGGGCUUAGAUUGAACCUCGACUUCAAUUACACGUCUAGUGGCUUUAACUUCUCGGCGGCACUGAACCCAGCUGACAGGAAUGCCACUAUCGGAGAUAUACUCACCGACCUUCUCGGUUCUUCAUUUGACAUACCUGACUUUGUCUAUGACACUCUGAUAGUCGGCGACAACAAGGACGCGUUCUCUAUUGAUAUCCAGAAGAUGAAAGACGCCGUCUCCGGCAUCGAGUCAUUCCAAUUCCUGGCCACUCUCAACAUUGGACAACUCCAGUUCCUAUUCUCCCAACUCCAUAGCACAGAAUGGGGUCCCAAAGAUCCGUCCAAGAGACUGUUUAAAGCAGCCAUCAAUGGCUUUGGUAACAUGGAACUUGAGAUACCUCUUGUGGGCACACUGUACCAGCCACUUGAUGAGCUAUACUUCCUCUUUGUCCAGGAUCCCAAGCCGCCAGCUCGUCCUGGACAAAUCACAGGCCUGACGCGGGAGGAUAUGGGUCUCCUCAACACCGGCGUGAUGCAAAAGGAUCCGCUGCUUGUUGCUGACAAGAUCAAGCCUGAUCAGGCUAAAUCAACUGACCUUCUUGUGCCAUCAGGAUGUCACUUCGCUGUCAUCAUACGUAACGUCGCUAAGGGUGAGCGCGCGUGUCUACUAAGCUACGGCUUUAUGAAGCCCAAGCCUUCAUCAUCUCAAGCACUGGCCUCUAGCGCCGAGGAAAAGAGCAGAAGACGCACCGAGGAGGAGAUGGACGACGGAGGUCCUAGUGCCCAAGCACCAUUCAAGAAAGACACGGGGCCUAUAGCCAUCAGCAACGUCAGUCUGAAAUACAAGGCAAAGACCCUGUCCAUCACCUUUGACGCGACAUUCCAGCUUGGACCGAUUGGGUUCUCUCUUCUCGGCUUCACACUCAACUCCCGAUUCAAGAGCCUAGAUGAGCUGCCAGCAAUUAGCGUCAACAUUGACGGACUAGCAGCGUCUUUUGACCGACGUCCAUUGACAAUCGCUGGCAUCAUCGUCCACGGCAAUGACGGCGCCAUGGAUUACUAUGCUGGCGGUCUUAUCAUCGGCUUCCGUCCCUACCAGUUCCAAGCAGCUGGCUUCUACGGAGUAAUCACUCUCGCAAACAGCAACAGCUUCCAGAGCGUGUUUGUCUUCGCAAAGCUCAACGGCCCACUCAUGACACUUGCCUUUGCUGAGAUCAGUGGUAUCUGCGGUGGCUUUGGCUACAACAGUAGCGUCCGUUUGCCUUCUAUAGACCAAGUCUCGGAUUUCCCCUUCAUCAACAGCAGCAGUUUGAGUAAUAACGACAAUGCUCAACAAGUCCUUAUGGAGCUUGUCAGUCCUACAGGCGGCGGGUGGUUCCAGCCACUUGACAGCACCUACUGGGGUGCCAUUGGUAUGAAACUCUCUGCAUUCCGUAUGCUGAGCGUUGAUGCUGUGGUUGCUGUGCAGUUCGGUGACUCGGUGAAGUUGGGAAUUUUCGCAGUAGCGACUUGUGACAUUCCUUCAUCCAAUUCGCGACUUAAGCUUGCCCAUGCUGAGUUGGGUAUCGCCGCUGUCUUGGACUUUGACUAUGGCUUCCUCAAGAUCGAGGCGCAGCUAUCACCUCGCUCUUACAUCCUUAGCCCCAACUGCCAUCUGACUGGCGGUUUUGCGCUCUGCUACUGGUUCGAUGCGCCUCUCGCGGACAGAGCCAGAAUCGGGGACUUUGUCUUCACCUUGGGCGGGUACCACCAAGCUUUCCGCGUGCCCGUUGGCUAUCCUAACCCCCCUCGGCUGGGUAUUAGCUGGGACUUGGGCGGUGGCUUGUCGAUCUCUGGAGAGGCAUAUUUCGCCAUCACUACCAAGGCAUGCAUGGCUGGUGGCCGUCUCCAUGCUGCGUUUAAAGCAGGACCUCUGUCUGCAUGGUUUGACGCCUUUGCCAAUUUUCUUAUCAAUUACCGACCCUUCUACUUUGACAUGUCAGCUGGUGUCUCUGUCGGAGUCGGGUUCAGCAUCGACUUCUGGUUCAUCCAUAUUCGCAUCUCAGUCCAAAUCGGUGCUGAACUGUAUCUUUGGGGCCCGCCUGUCGCUGGUCGCGUUCACGUUGACUUCUGGAUCGUUGCUUUCGAUAUCAAUUUUGGCGAUCACCAUCCCAAGAUCGACCCUGUCAGCUUGUCCGACUUCUAUGAGCUUGUACUGCAAGACUCGCCUGCAUCUUCCUUUGCAUCUGCCACUUCCCUCAUCACGGGCAAACAGCGACAGGAGCCCAUUGCAGCGUCGACAUCUACCAAACCCAAGAAUGAAGCACACAACUUCCUUGCUGAGUCUGGGCUCCUGAACCCUGAUGAUCAGCCCGAGAAGGGACAGAACGACCCUUGGACUGUCCGAGCUGGCACAUUUGUGUUUGUGGCUGAGUGUAAGAUGGCCAUAAACGGUGUUUCAACAAAUAAUAGCUGGGAUCCAAUCUUGCAGGGCAAUGAUGUUUUCAGCAAGCCGAUGAGUAUGACAACGCCCAUGUCUUCAAUUUUACAGAUCCAAAUAGUCCAUGAGGACGGAAGCAACCCUGAGGAGGAUUGGCAAUUCGAGAGAUAUACUCAGAUGCUUCCAAGCGCUCUGUGGGCAAAAUAUGACCGCCGAACUGAUCCACGCCAGAGUGGAAACAACGUCGGUGAUUUGCUCAACACCAACAACGGCAGCCCCUCUCUCAUGACAGGCGUAAGAGUCACUGCACCCAAACCUACCAUGUCCCCAGACCCAUUCCCACCCUACAAGGUUGCGGAUGCAGACCUCCAGGAGCUAACUGCCGAACGGAGCUUCCCUGGUAUGGUUACGGCGGAGGAUGCAUGGGCUCCAGUCAAGCCGAAUGACGAUAUUAAGCAGAGAUAUGAAGACGUUCAUGAUGCUUGGGUAAGUCCUGCACUGGAAGAAAAGAGCCAGCAAGACUUUGUGGGCGCCUUGGCUCAGAGUUUGGGUUGGGGUGAUGUAAGCCAGCUGAAGAGCAUUGCUGCAAUUCCGGAGAGAUUGAAGAGGGGAUUUAUGAAUAUGUAUGUCGCGUCUCCGUUGUUGACUGCGUGA